CAUAAAUUAAAACUUUGUUCAUUUCAGUAUUUCAUUUCACUUUAAUUCAAGCGUGCUUUCACCUGAAUGCAUCAUCUCGCCAUAUACCGGAAACCUGCGUCAGUACAACUUAAUGGCAUAUUACCAAAUCGGAACAGUGAUCCGAAGCCUAGACUUUCUGUAACUCGUACCUUCUUCCUCGGGAGGACUCGCUGUUCGAUUCUCAAUUGCCGUCUGAUUGAAAUUACGGAUCACCCAAAGCACCCGCUUUCCAAUGGCGCCGAAGAACACCGCUUCCGAGCAGUCGGGGUUAAGGAUAUAGAUGUCUCAACGUUCGGGAACCUAUGUGUUGAUAUUGUGCUCAAUGUCCCUAAAUUGCCCCCCAAACCCCAUGACCAACUCAAGUCUUAUAUGGAUGAGCUGUCCAGGACACCUCCAGAUAAGGAAUACUGGGAAGCUGGCGGCAAUAGCAAUGUGGCGAUAGCAGCGUCAAGACUUGGGCUUUGCUGUACUACAAUUGGUUAUGUUGGUAAUGAUGUAUAUGGGCGCUUCUUUUUAGAUGUUCUUCACAGUGAAGGAAUCAGUAUGGUUGGAGUGAAUGAACAGAGCAACACAUUUAACACGUCAAGCGCAGCAUGUGAAACUCUGCUCUGUUGGGUCCUGGUGGAUCCUUUACAAAGACAUGGUUUUUGCAGUCGAACGGAUUUCACCAAGGAUCCUGUAUACAGUUGGAUGAUUGAGUUGCCUGCUGAAGUAAAGAAUGCUAUAAAACAAUCAAAAAUCUUGUUCUGCAAUGGUUAUGACUUUGAUGAAUUCUCUCCUAGACUGCUCGAAUCUGCUUUGGAUUGUGCUGUUGAAGCGGAAACAUCCAUCUUUUUCGACCCUGGUCCAAGGGUGACCCUUGUCUCAGGCAGACCUGAAAAACAGAGAGCAUUAAAAAAAUUCUUAAAGAUGAGUGAUGUGCUUCUCUUCACUUCGGAGGAGGUGGAAUCAUUGACUGGCAUUGAAAACCCAAUAAGGGCAGGGCAAGAGUUGCUGAAGAAAGGAACUCGUACAAAGUGGGUGGUUGUUAAGAUGGGUGCAAAUGGUUCGAUUUUGAUCACCAGGUCAAGUAUAACUUGCGCCCCUGCUUUCAAGGUGAAUGUUAUAGACACUGUCGGGUGUGGAGACAGCUUCGUGGCUGCCAUUGCAUUUGGUUAUAUACAAAAUGUGCCUUUGGUUCAUACUCUAACCCUUGCAAAUGCUGUUGGGGGCGCAACUGCUAUGGGUUGUGGUGCAGGUAGAAAUGUAGCUACCCUAGAGCAAGUGAAAGAACUCAUGAAAAGAUCAAACAUUAAUGAGGAUUUCAAACUUUGGGAGGAGUUACUCACUGAUAUUUUAGGAACCCUGGAAGUCAACUUGCUCUCAGGGUUGCUCGUAAACAGCCAACAGCUUAACAUAGUUCCCCUGCAAAGGGUGGUCUCUGAAAUCCUACCCAAGCUCGAGCCUACCAAGUCAAAGAUUGCCAUUACUUCUUCUCCAGCAUGAACUCUGUGAGAGGGUAAAUUGGGGAUUGCCUAUAGUCAACACUCAACACAUUACUGCUCUUUUCUCAAGUCACACCGUAAAACAUUUGUAUUUAGCAUUUGUAUUUAGCAUUUUAAUGGCUACAACUGAUAAAACACGAUCAAACACAAUAUUUUUUCUGUGUACUAAUUGUGUGACAAUAUUUAGAAGAAAAUUUUAAAUGCAUGGUACUUUCGAGGA